UUUUUGUAAUUUUUAUUUUUAGUAAAUAAAUGUUAUGAAUAUUGAAAAUUGUACAUGUGUUUUUAAAAUUUUGCCUGGUGUUCAACGAUUUAAAAUUGAAAAUUUUCAUCAAAUAGCUCGAAAUGGGAUUAAUACAGAAUAUAAUCCGCAGCGUUUCCAUGCUAUAAUAAUGCGUAUUAGACAUCAAAAUUAUAAAACAACGGCAGCAUUAAUAUUUCAAUCUAGCAAAGUAGUAUUAACUGGAGUUCCAAGUCCUGAGUACGCAAGAAAAAUAGCUUGGAGGAUAACGAAAAGUAUAAAAUCAUCAUAUAAAGCGGCAAAAUGCGAGGAAAUGUAUGAAAUAUGCGUUAGACACCUAAGAGUUACAAAUAUAGUUGGCUCUUAUCGACAACCAAAUAGAUUAGCUAUAGAGAAUAUUUAUGGACAUCUUAAACAACAAAGAUUGAUACAAAAGGAUAUUUGCCAAAUAUUCUACGAGCCAUCUAUAUUUCCGGCACUUCGAUUCAAAAUGAAAAACAAAGAAGAAAAAGAAACUGCAUAUCUAAUAUACAUCUCUGGACGGAUUAUUAUGACAGGAUUGACUAGUAAAACACAGAUGGAUAAUUUGUUUGAUAAUUUUCUUUUACCUUUAGUUAAAAAAUUUCCAAGAUUAUAA